AUGAAAGUGCUGCUAGCAACAAUAUUAGCUUCAUCGAUAUCUUGUAUAGCAGCAUUUGGAUGGGGAUUUGGCUGUGCAGCUAACCCAGUUUUCCCAUUUCUUCGUGACGCAUCUUACAGCACUCGAGUAGCAUUCUUCGACAUCAUUACUGAUCAAUCUCUGACAAGAGAUGCUCUAGAUGGGAAGUUAGAGGAAUGGGCUGAGAAAUACAGCUUGAAGGAUGAUUACGAGAAAUACCGAAAUGAGACGGAGCGGCUGAAAAUGCAGGCGCAGGAAGACGCGAGAAAUGCCUUAGUCAAACUAGCAGACUUUUUCGAGAAAGUUAACGAUAUCGAAAAUGACAGGAAUAUAACAAUAGCGGAAGGCAGAAAGAGGGUGCGCGAAAUGUACGAAACGUUGAACUGGAGAACUUCAAAUGCAGCAUCCUGUAUUGCCACUUCUUUCGCAUCACCAUCUUAUGCUUUCGAAUACGGCUUUGGUGGCUGCGGUGGAUUUGGACGAGGCUUUGGAGGAUUCGGUGGAAGAUUCGGCGGAUUUGGUCCUGGAGGAAGAUGGGGCAGACGAGCUGGAGGACCUUGGGGCCAACGAGGCGGAGGACCCGGAUUUUGAAUCUCAGACUAUAUUGAAUUAUUCAAGUGCGGUCACCUUAUAAUUGAUGUCCGUAGAAGCAUCUGCAUUUAGAUAAAACUUCGCAUGAU